AUGCUGCUGCUGCUCACCCUAGCGGGGACGAGCCUAGUCUACCCCAAGCCAAUGCCCAAGACGCAGCUGACCCUCGCGUUUGGUGCGCCGACUCUGCAGCUCUCCUCGGCGCCGCCACCGACGUCCGCCCUUCAGUCCGCGCUCGCACGGCCACCCUCCAACGCUGCUGGCCAGACCCAGGCGGUCGUCGCGCCUCCGGCGGCGGCGGCGGGGUCAUCAGGCGUGACAAAGAUCGUCGUCGACCAGAAGCGGCCGGUGAUGGCCAAGUUGAAGGUCGGCCCCAACGCCGAGCUCGAGAUGGUGCAGCGCGCCGGCGCCGACUCGGACGACGAGGGACGUAGGAGGGAGAUGCCUCAGUGGGGCCCGCGGGGCCCGUGUGCCGGUCCGGCGGGACCGAGAGGUGGGUAG